UUCCGUCAAGCAGCAGCAGCCACAAAGUUGAACUUUGUAUUGUAGAGUAGACGCUCACUGCAGUACAGUCAGUCAGUGCGCUCGAGUUUACCGGUGCGGUGUCUACACUAUUAUGGAGCGGCGACACUGGUCCUGAGGAGACAUUAAACAGCACGAGAGGCCAAAAGAGACAGUGACAUCACACCGAUAAUUUCAAGAGGUUUAUUUUAACUUAAUAAACAGUUACAAAACGGAUUAUAACAGAAGAUCUGCUGCGCUGUGAGAAACGAAUAAAAAAUGGGGAGCCGGGGACACUACCGGUACCACUGGCAAAGCCACAAUGUCAAGCAGAGUGGAGUGGAUGACAUGGUGCUGCUCUCCAAGAUCAGCGAGGAUGCCAUUGUAGAAAACCUCAAGAAGAGAUACAUGGAUGACUUUAUUUUUACAUACAUUGGUCCUGUACUCAUCUCAAUAAACCCUUUCAAACAAAUGCCUUACUUUGGGGACAAAGAAAUAGAGAUGUACCAAGGCGCAGCUCAGUAUGAGAACCCUCCUCAUAUUUACGCUCUAGCCGAUAACAUGUAUAGAAACAUGAUGAUUGAUCGUGAGAACCAGUGUGUCAUUAUCAGGUGAGAGAACUUU